CAGCGGCGGGCAGGGCAGGAGCAGACCAGGACGGUGUCGGACCGGACCGGACCGGACCGGGCUCGGAGCGCGGGGAGCAGGGCGCACGGCCAGCGCAGCAGCCAGAGCCAAGCCGCAGGUCCUGCCAGUGACAAAAGAUGGGGUCCGGCUGCAUCAAAGUGACCAAGUACUUCCUCUUCCUCUUCAAUCUGCUUUUCUUUAUCUUGGGAGCUGUAAUUCUCGGGUUUGGAAUAUGGAUUCUGGCUGACAGAAGCAGCUUUAUCUCCGUCCUGCAGAGCUCCAGCAACAUGAAGAUCGGGGCCUACGUCUUCAUUGGGGUUGGGGCCAUGACCAUGAUCGUGGGCUUCAUGGGUUGUGUCGGUGCGGUCAAUGAGAUCCGAUGCCUCUUGGGGAUGUACUUUGCUGUCCUCCUCCUGAUCCUUGUGGCCCAAGUGACAGCUGGAGUCCUCGUCUACUUCCACGCAGAUGAGGUGAAGACGGAGAUGAGCAACAUAGUGGGAGAACUUAUCCGGGACUACGACCCUGACAACUCUGGAAAGAAAGCUGUCCAGGAUGCUUGGGAUUAUAUCCAAUCGGAGGUGAAAUGCUGUGGCUGGAGCAGCUACCUGAACUGGACAGCUAACAUCAUCCUCAGGAACAAGACAUUCACCAGCUAUCCUUGUUCCUGUGAGGAACUUCCUGACAUAAAGCAGGAGAGCUUCAGGAGCGGCUUCUGUGUCCCCAACAAUACCGUGACCAACGAUCCCAGUGAUUGGCCCGUUUACCAGAAGGGUUGCAUGGAGAAGGUGCAGAAGUGGCUAGAGGAUAACCUUGGUAUCAUCCUCGGAACCUGCAUUGGAGUGGCCGUCAUUGAGCUCCUGGGGAUGAUGCUGUCCAUCUGCCUGUGUCGGCACGUCCACUCGGAAGACUACAGCAAAGUCCCCAAGUACUAAGGUGGUCCUGACUGCCUCCUGUCCCACCCUCCUGCAGUGCAGGGCUCCGGACAAUCCGGCUUUCUUGGGGGCCCUGACAGCUCCCGGCAAAUCAAAUUCCACCCCCUCCCUCGUUUGUGGCCUUCCCCUUCUCCCUGUUGUCACUUUCCCCAAAUCUGGAAGCUGCCAGACCCCAGACCCCGCCUGUGGGCUUCGUCUGAAGAACCCCCUCCCCGGUCCUGCUCCCUUUGACCUUUAUUCUUCCUUCUUGGUCUGUUUUCAGACCUCUCAGAUGACCGGCCACUUGGAAGGAUUUUCACUUUCUUCUCUAGAUGGACAGGAGUCUUCCUGUUUCUUUUCUCUCUCUCCCUUUGGCUCUGUCCUUUCCCAUGUCCCCCUCCUCCCUUUACUGCCUUUCAGGGUUUUCUUAUUAAUGUAAAGAAAAGCAUUUCUUCGCACUCCUAACCAGCCACAGUUUGGCAUGGGGCACUCAGCAGAAUGGGCAGCCCCUUCUUUCUAAGACUAGACCGACGUCUCAUUGCCUUCCUCCUUCUCCCUGAGGAAACCCAUGAGAUAGAGCUUGUGGCUAGGGGCUGCCGAAUGGCCAUCUCCUCUUGUCUCAGGGGUGACUCUUGGAAGGACGGGUUGGCUUUUCUCCAAUAUCCCCCCUCUGUUAAGUUCCUAUCCUGUCAUUUAAGGCCCCUGCUCAGUGCCCAGCGGUCCAGGUGAGCACCUGGUACCACCUGAGUGCCCCCUUGUGCUAAGUCAGCUGGAGGAUGGGCCAUUGGCCAAGACCUGGCACAAACCCGACGGGGGUCACAGCUGUCUAGUCAGGACUUGGCAUUAGCAGCCAAAAUAAAAAAAAGGUUACCCACUUAGUGCUGCUGAAUAAUAAGUCUCAGCAACAGCACCCCAACUGUAAGAAAGGAGGGAGAAAUCUGUCUUCCUUAGAUGGGCUCCAAAUACUGCUAUUUGGGGGGUAUCUGGGAAGACAGCCAUGGCUGGCUAUGAGUGUGUCCACAUGUAUGGGGAGAGGGAUGAUGGAGGGAAGGAAUAGUACGGCAACAAAAUUAGCCUAAGGUUUCUAGACGUAGUAGCUUCCUGGGGAAGCAGGAAAUAAAUUGGCUUCCUUCUCUAAGAAGCUAGUCCCUUUUUCAGGUGGCAACUUCCCAGGGAGGAAGUCCAGUGCCUUGGAGGGGAGGUAGAUGUGGGGAAGUUCUGCAUGUACAGACUGAGAGGUUCAGAACCAGGCAAAAGGUAGAGAGCUCAGAAAUAAAGUGGAUUUGUAACAAA